GGACGCGGCGCGAUGCGCAGCCGCAGAGGAUCGCUUCCGGGGGGGGCGGGUCAGCGGAAGUGAGGGCGGCGAGGCUGGCUACCCGCUGUGGUAGGAGGGGCCGUGAGGACGGGAAGUGUGUUCCUCAAGAUGGCCUGAUAUGAAGGAGCCCCGCCUCCUACCUCCCCGAUCCUCCAGAGCUGCCCUGUGGUUGCCUUGUCCUUCAAGUGCAGGAGCCGGUUGAAACAUCAGGGAUGGAAGCCAGUGUGACCAUCCCAAUCUGGCAAAAUAAGCCACAUGGGGCUGCUCGCAGUGUAGUGAGAAGAAUCGGGACCAACCUGCCCCUGAAGCCAUGUCCCCGGGCAUCCUUUGAGGCCCUACCCAAUAUCUCUGACCUGUGUCUGAGGGAUGCGCCCCCGGUUCCUACCCUGGCUGACAUCGCUUGGAUUGCUGCAGAUGAAGAGGAGACCUAUGCCCGGGUCAGGAGCGAUACACGCCCCCUGAGGCACACCUGGAAGCCCAGCCCUCUGAUUGUUAUGCAGCGCAAUGCCUCAGUGCCCAACCUGCGUGGGUCCGAGCAGAGACUCCUGGCCCUGAAGAAGCCAGGCCUGCCAGCCCUAAGUCGCACCACAGAACUGCAAGAUGAGCUGAGCCACCUGCGCAGCCAGAUUGCCAAGAUCGUGGCAGCUGAUUCAGCUUCGGCUUCAUUAACGCCAGAUUUCUUAUCUCCAGGAAGUUCAAAUGUCUCUUCUCCCUUACCUUGUUUUGGAUCCUCAUUCCACUCUACAACUUCCUUUGUCAUUAGUGACAUCACUGAGGAGACUGAGGUAGAGGUCCCUGAGCUUCCAUCAGUCCCCCUGCUUUGUUCUGCCAGCCUUGAGUGUUGCAAACCAGAAAACAAAGCCACCUGCAGCUCAUCUGAAGAGGAUGACUGCAUCUCUCUGUCCAAGGCCAGCAGCUUUGCGGACAUGAUGGGUAUCCUGAAGGACUUUCACCGGAUGAAACAGAACCAAGAUCUGAGCCGCAGUUUAUUGAAGGAGGAAGACCCUGCCGUCCUUAUCUCUGAAGUCCUAAGGAGGAAGUUUGCUCUGAAGGAAGAAGAUAUCACUAGAAAAGGAAACUGACAGUACCCAGCUCUGCAAACUCAGUCUCAGGCUCCUGGAGGUCCUUCAGUAGCUGCCUUCCUCACCGCAGAUGUUUCUGCCUCCCAAUUAGAAAUGUGCAGCCAUCUUGCCAACAGGCUAGAGCAUGGACUGAGAGAGGAGCUACAUGUCUCCCACACUUCAAACCUUAGCAGAAGCUAAGGCCUGUGUUUUGAGCUGAGACAUUUGUUACAGGUAAUUGUGGAGGGUGGAGUGUCUCAGUUUAAAGGGUGAGAUAGAAGUUGCUGGUUUUUCUUUGCCCCUAUAUGAAAAUAGGUCCUAAAUGGAUGACUGACUUCACUGCAUUAGACCCCAUAACUGGUCUCACAGGACACUUUGUGCCCAGCUGUCACUCACUCUCAGCUGCUUUCUUUCAGCAGAGCAGGGCUGAGGGGAAGAGGCUGUAAACGUUUAUGUACAUGUCCACAGGGCAGGGAGAAUCUCACGCUGCUCCAUUGUAAACCUACACCAAUGCCUGGCAAUCACCCUCUGCCCUUCCCUGUCCAAUACCUAGAUACAGGGGUCAGGCGGCUGGACCAGCUGACACUGGGCUGCUGCUGGGAGGCCUGGGCUGUUUUUUUCUUACACAUUUUGUAAUACUGUACAACCACAUAUACCGCCCUGGGGCCUCAUCAGAUCUACUGUUGUUUGAACUUUCUCUUCCUCGGACUUUUCGUUUAAGCCCAGUAGGAAAGAGUAAUGAGGAGGGGAAGGAGUGCACCACCCUUCUUCUAGGCCCCUGACUGCUCCUUUGGGCUGGGCCAAGGUUUGUACCUACCACACCACUGCAUGACUCAGAUGCCCUCAGGUCCCUUUCUCUGCGGUAUGUAUACUCUGUGUUCGGGCUGAAGCACUACUUGACAUUAAAGGAUUUGGAGAGAUUGUA